GAAAUAGCUUAAAGACGUAUUGCUGGAUUACUCAAUCCGGACAAGAAAAUAACAUAAAGACCUUCCAUAUUCUCUCAAAGCAAGAAUUUCUCUAUAUUUUGAUCCCAUCACAGACCAUGAGUUUAUCCUAUGCAAUUAUUAGUUGAUCAGAUUCUCAAAUAUCAUGUCUACAAUCGGCACCGUUAGUCCCUCCCCUACUAGCCUGAAUUUUUUCACUCCCCCCCAAUCUCCUCAAUCCCCCCAAUCCCCUCAAUCUUCCAAGACCUCACAGCCGGGCACCCGACGAGCCUCUAAAAUCAUAAUGUCCAACCCACGAAAAAAGGUUUCCUUCCCGGCCUUUCCCAAAGAAAUAAAAUCACCAAAAAGACAGACCUCAUGGCGACAGAAGCUAGCCGACAUGAAAACGUUAUGGUCUAAAUUCAGUACCGCCUGUCGUGAAUACAUUUCAAUAACAAGACUCAUCAAGGUACUCAUUUUUAUCCAUGUAAUUCUCUUUAUCAUCUCUGUUAUUACUGUUCGUUUCGCCCUGGAAGAAGAAUUCAUGGGCGAAAGAGAAGACGAAUACAUUCACGGGAGAGAACAAGAGGAUCUGGGAGAAAAGAAAAAAACUAGUGGGCAAGAUAAUCGCAUUUCACGUCAAUUUGAGCCUUACGAGUUAGUCAGUCCAUUGUAUGGUCUCGCAAAUUUAGAUGUUGGUCCUCAACUCGAUGUCGCGAAAGACGCAUACUUGGAUUCGCGAUAUGGACUCAACAGACUGAGAGAUGGUCUGCCAGAACUGUCGAAGCAUUCACUAGAGCUAAGUACUAAGAUUCGACGUUUUCGAGAUCAAGUCUGGACAGUCUCCGAAGAGAUUGGUGGGCUUUCGAAGGUCUUAGAUGUUUAUGUAAACUUCUUUCAACAAGAAACAAAUCAACUCAGGGAAGAAAUUGGCAAAGUCAAACCUGGAGGUGAACUUGCCAAUCUGGAUGCAGAAAAUUGCAAAAAAGUGGGAGAAGUUUGGAUCAACCAUUAUAAACGGUUGGAAGCAAAGAUAAGAGAUGUAUGGAGGAUAAAAAGUGGGAUUUCAAAAAAUAUUGACUCAGCCGUUCGAGAGAGGAAAGAUCUCGAAAAAGCAUUGAGGAAAGCCGAGACUAGUAUGACCAAAGAAGCAACAAAGCAGGGAUGGGAUAAUUUUGAUUUUCCCUCGGCAUACCAAUUGCUCAAUCGAUUUAGUCUAGAAGGCAAGAAUAAAGACAAGAUUUGGGGGGGCCAUGAGGAAACGAUCAACCUGUUGAUCAUAUACAUUGAUGUAUUGCUCAAGGAUGCUAAUGCACAAAUCGAACGUCUUGUGGAAGAUUUGCAGCAAAUUUCAAGCGUUGAUGACAACAAAGAAAAUGUAGAUUUAACCAAUUUUCCGACGAUUUCCAACCAGAUGGAGGCGUUGAAUCUUACCUUUGAAAAAUUUGUACAGGUCAAGGUCCAGCUCGGAAACAUGAGAAAGAAGUUGGGAAAGGAACUGGAACCAAGAGCUCACGAUUCAAAAGAGAGGAAUAGAUACUACAACUAUGUUUCUAGUCAACAGAAAGGGCGUUUUGAUAAGCACAUCAUCGCUUCGAGGGACAGGAGAAACGAAGAAUUUUUGCAGGAGUUGAGAGAAAGGAGAGUCAAGGAGGGACGGAGAGGGGGAUAGGAUUGUCGCAUGGCCAAAUAAGUCUGUAGUUACACUCCCAAAAUUUUAAAUGGGCACUUUUUCAACGUAUCAAGUUGAACUUCAGAAAGUUCGAGCUUGUCCACUCUCGAGUCGAUUGGCAAAGUAAACAUUUAUACCCUAACCUACCUAUUUAGCGUCAAACCCAUCUGUGACCA